ACGGCAGAGGUCGUGAUCCUGGCGAAACCCGCUUCUCACUUUUUUGGUUUCAAAUUGUAGGUUACCUCGUUCAACAAGUCUCGCCGUAUAUUUAGAAACAUAUUUUAAUUAAAGAUGCCAGCGUUUACGAAGCUGCAGAAAGUCGUGCUCUCUUUGGGUGCUUUCAGUGGAGCAGCUAUUUAUUAUAUUAAUCAGUCUGAGGACAGAACUGCAUUGGCUUCGUGGACCACCAACUACAUUCCAUCGGUGGAGUGGGACAACAAUUGGGACAGGAGGUCACCGCAUAAUCUUGUGCAUCCGAAGAAGUUGAACAACAGUGCGCACAGUGAAAAUGAGAUUAACAAGCAGCUGGAGAUGAAGAAACCGAAGGCCACCAGACAUAUCAUUUUGAUUCGCCAUGGCCAAUAUAACACGGAUGGGGAGACUGAUAAGGAGAGGGUGUUGACUGAUCUGGGAAGGAUGCAGGCUUUGUCCACUGGGGAGAGACUGAAGGAGCUUGGCUUUCCAUUCACGGAUAUGGUUAAAUCAACAAUGUCCAGAGCACAGGAGACCGGAACUUUGAUUUCGAAGGCUCUACCAUCUGUGCCAGUUGAGAACAGCGAUUUGCUGAGAGAGGGAGCUCCGGUGCCGCCGGAGCCACCAAUUGGAGAUUGGAAACCGGAGCCUCAUUUCUUCACUGACGGAGCUAGAAUUGAAGCGGCUUUCAGGGAGUACUUUUACAGGGCCAGUCACUCGCAGGACGAGAACUCUUACACGAUUCUCGUUUGCCAUGCGAACGUCAUCAGGUACUUCGUUUGCAGGGCUUUACAGUUUCCUGCCGAAGGAUGGUUGAGAAUCUCUCUGAAUCACGGCAGCAUCACCUGGAUGUCGAUAACUCCGAGCGGAAGAGUGAUCUUGCGUUGCCUCGGCGACACCGGCCACAUGUCUCCGGCAAUGAUAACGAGCAGAUAGACGAAACACUUAAGUAUGAUAAAUAAUUGGAAUAGUAUUUCGAUCACUCGCAAGAACAAUGAGAUUCUCACACAGUCGUCAUCAAGAGUAUUAUUACAAACAAACAUUCAUUAUCUUUUUAUAUAUAUCUAUAUAUAUGUGUUUUAAGCACUCUCUUUUUUAAUCCAGAUGCAAACCUGUCUUGCCCACAUUUAGCCCCGUUCUUAAAACGCGCGGUUUGUAUUUCUGUAAUAUGUUUUAAAUAAAGAUGAUUAGUCCAG